GAAGCAUCAUGACCUGCGCAUCAGGAUUCGGCGGCCGCGCAUUCAGCUGCGUCUCAGCCUGCGGGCCCCGGCCCGUCCGCCGCUGCAUCACGGCCGCCCCCUACCGCGGCAUCUCCUGCUACCGCGGCCUCACCGGGGGCUUCGGCAGCCGCAGCCUCUGCGGGGACUUCCGCACCGGCUCCUGCGGCCGCAGCUUCGGCUACCGCUCUGGCGGCGUGUGCGGCCCCAGCCCGCCCUGCAUCACCACCGUGUCGGUCAACGAGAGCCUCCUCAAGCCCCUCAACCUGGAGAUCGACCCCAACGCGCAGGGUGUGAAGCAUGAGGAGAAGGAGCAGAUCAAGGGUCUCAACAACAGGUUUGCUGCCUUCAUCGACAAGGUGCGCUUCCUGGAGCAGCAGAACAAGCUGCUGGAGACCAAGCUGCUGUUCUGCCAGAACCGCCAGUGCUGGGAGAGCAACCUGCAGCCCCUGUUCCAGAGCUACAUCCAAACGCUGAGGCAGGAGGCUGAGCGUGUGGAGGCCGACAGCGGGAGGCUGGCCUCGGAGCUCAGCCAAGUGCAGGAGGUGCUGGAGGGCUACAAGGAGAAGUACGAGGCGGAAGUCGCUCUGAGAGUGAAAGCGGAGAAUGAGUUUGUGGCUCUGAAGAAGGAUGUGGACCACGUCUACCUCUGCAAGUCAGACCUGGAGGCCAACUCAGAGGCCCUGAUUCAGGAGAUCGACUUCCUGCGGCGACUGUAUGAGGAGGAGAUCGGAGUUCUCCACUCCCACAUCUUAGACACCUCGGUCAUCAUCAAGAUGGACAACAGCCGGGACCUGAACAUGGACAGCAUUGUGAACGAGAUCAAGAUGAACUAUGACGACAUUGUCAGCCGCAGUCGGGCCGAGGCUGAGAGCUGGUACCGCAGCAAGUGUGAGGAGAUCAAGGCCACGAUGAUCUGGCAUGGGGAGACCCUGCGCCGCACCAAGGAGGAGAUCAACGAGCUGAACCGCAUGAUCCAGAGGUUGACGGCCGACGUCGAGAAUGCCAGGUGCCAGAACUCCAAACUGGAGGCUGCAGUGACCCAGGAGGAGCAGCAGGGCGAGGCAGCCCUUAAUGAUGCCCGCUGCAAACUGGCCGGGCUGGAGGAGGCCCUGCAGAAGGCCAAGCGGGACAUGGCCUGCCUGCUCAAGGAGUACCAGGAGGUGAUGAACUCCAAGCUGGGCCUGGACAUUGAGAUCGCCACCUACAGGCGCCUGCUGGAGGGCGAGGAGCACAGGCUGUGCGAGGGCGUCGGGGCUGUGAAUGUCUACGUCAGCAGCUGCCGCGGUGGCAUCGUCUGUGGCGAUCUCUGCGCCUCCGGCGCUGCCCCUGCUCUCACCACCAGCGUCUGCAGCUCCCCCUGCAGCGGCAACGUGGUGGUGGGCACCGCCGACGCCUGCGGCCCCUACUCCGGGCUGGCCUGCAGCAUCGUGGGCUCUAAGACGUGCUAGGGUCGCCCUCCGCCCAGCCAGGCCCUCUCGCAACCGGAACGCCCCUUCCGUUGCCCCACGCACCGCCCGCUGCUGGCCUCCCGAGAACAGCCUCCAGAUGUGCACCUUUUGCCCAUGCAGCUCCCUACCCGCUCCCUCAGUGUGCCAUCCCCCGGCACCUGAGCCCCAGUGAGGCUGGGGCGCACCUUGGCUUCUUUCUGUAGCCUUUCCUAGUAGUCGUUUUGUUGUUCUGAGGAUUCAUCCUUUGUUCCGCCUUCUGGUUUUUGCUGGAUUCAUUGGUCUUGCCUGAUCCCUUCACCUAAGCUUGGAGGAACAGGACAGGCCCCAGAACCUCCCCAUCUGCGCGUCCUGGGGAAUCUGCCAGUGUGCUUGUACCUAUGGAAUGGAGAUAAAGAACACCGAUGGUGGUUUUCCUGUAACUCUGUGAGGGAUGUGACCCAUUGGAGGGGAGACCAUC